AUGGUUCUUCCCUCUCUCUUCAACAAAUCCUCCUCGUCGUCGUCCAAGAAGUCGAAGAAGCCCGACACGCCAAACCCUGUCCCCCGUCUCACGCCCCAGAGCAAUCCUGGCACCCCUCCCUCCUCGCCCGACAAAAAAUAUCCCACCCGCGUCAAAGACCGGGAACGCACUAGCACGCGGCGCCCAAACUCCAUUUCCUCCACACGCUCCUACAAGCCCAGCGACCGCGACCAACACCCCCUAAAUCUCCCGCCCGAAGAGCGGCAGCGCCUGUCCUUUUCCUCCCUGUCAGCCAUGAGCGACCCGGCCACGCCCCAGCCCAUGGAUGUGGAUAGGGAAUAUUCCUCUUCACCCGCACCUUCGAGCCCGCCUGCACCCCAAGAGCCCAAGGCGAAUGGCGUAAACGGCGACCGGCCAGCUCCUCCACCACACAGGUACACAAAGAGCCCGCCACCACAGUCUGCAAACUAUGCUGCCACCCCCGAGCAGGCUGCCACCCCGCCUGCGGAGCCGCCAACCAUCGAUGCGGAGGAGUACAAGGCUGCAGGAAACAAGUUCUUCAAGAUCAAAGACUACCCCGCUGCGAUCAAAGAAUAUUCAAAAGCAAUCGAGGCCGACCCUAAGAAUGCCACCUACUACUCGAACCGCGCCGCCGCCUACAUCUCAGCAAACCGCUUUGCCGAGGCAAUGGAGGAUUGCAAAAUGGCAGACGAGCUGGACCCAGAGAAUAUGAAAAUCUUGCUGCGGUUAGGAAGGGUAUACACCAGCUUGGGAAGGCCGGAUGAGGCUGUGCAGGUGUACAACUCGAUCGCCGCUACGGUCAAAGACAAGCAGCCCGCGCUGAACAUGCAGAAGCACCUGCGCAUGGCCGAGGAGACUUUCCACAAAGGAGGCGCCGGUUCAAUGGUCAUAUACGCGCUAAAUGAGGCCGAGAAAGGGCUCGGCCAGGCUGUCGACAGGCCUCGCAAAUGGCAGCUUAUGCGGGGAGAGGCACACCUGCGGAUGGGCAACCCCAAUUCCCUCGGCGAGGCCCAGAACAUUGCCAUGUCGUUACUGCGGAACAACAACCAGGACCCCGAUGCGCUCGUGCUGCGCGGCCGCAUACUGUAUGCCCAGGGCGAGAACGACAAGGCUAUCCAGCACUUUAGGCAAGCGUUGAGCUGCGACCCUGACUUCAAGGAAGCGGUAAAGUACCUGCGGAUGGUGCAGAAGCUCGAGCGUAUGAAGCAAGAAGGCAAUGCUGUGUUCAAGGCUGGCAGGUACAAGGAAGCAAUCGACACAUAUUCACAGGCACUGGAAGUCGACCCUUCGAACAAGAACACCAAUUCGAAGAUCCUCCAAAACCGAGCCCUCUGCCAUACUCGGCAAAAGAGCUGGAAGCUAGCCAUCGCAGAUUGCGAGAAGGCGCUUGAACUAGACCCCAGCUACACGAAAGCACGGAAGACCAGGGCAAAGGCCCUGGGCGAGUCCGGAAAUUGGGAAGAAGCGGUGCGGGACCUGAAGGCCAUACAAGAAGAAAAUCCCUCUGAGCCAGGCAUUGCCAAGGAGAUCCGCGACGCGGAGCUCGAGCUAAAGAAGAGCAAGCGAAAGGAUUACUAUAAGAUUCUUGGGCUUUCAAAGGAUUGCACAGAGACAGAAGUCAAGAAGGCGUACCGAAAGCUGGCCAUUGUCCAUCACCCAGACAAGAAUCCCGACGAUGCGGAUGCUGCAGACCGAUUCAAGGAAAUCCAAGAGGCCCACGAGACGUUGAGCGACUCAGAAAAACGUCAACGUUAUGACUCUGGCGUAGAUCUCGCCGAUCCCUCCGAUAUGUUUGGCGGUGGUGGCGCCCAAUUCCAAGGCGGUGGCAUCGACCCAGAAAUCCUCAUGCAAAUGUUCGGCGGCAUGGGUGGAGGAGGAGGGGGUAUGGGUGGCGGUCGCGGCGGAGGCGGAGGCUUCCAUUUUGCCUCUGGCGGCGGCAGUCCUUUCGGUGGCAUGGGCGGCGGCAUGCCAGGUGGUGGCCGAAGAGGCCAAGGCCCACCUGGCGGCUUCCCCUUCUGA